AUGUGGAGCACGAUUGCCAACCUGAAGGAGAACCUCAAUAAGAUGGCGCAGGAUGUGCACGACGAAGACGACGAAGACGAGGAGUUCGAGAUCUACGCCUCCCUCAAUGGAGCCCAAGCUUCUUCCAUCUCUGAUCGGAGGAACUCCCACAGCUUCGCGCAUUCCAAGUCCCCCUCGCGCUCUCCGAUCCCUAAUGGCAUCGAUUCCUUUAUUAAUCCCGAGAUUGAACAAUACAAAGCGGAAAUUAAGAGGCUGCAGGAAUCUGAGGCAGAAAUUAAAGCAUUAUCAGUAAACUAUGCCGCAUUGUUAAAGGAAAAGGAGGAUCAAAUUUCCAGAUUGAGUAAAGAAAAUGGCUCAUUAAAACAGAAUCUGGACUCAACUACUGCAUCUCUGAAUGCAUCUAGAAAUGAAAAUCACAAAGCAGCGGCAAAUGGCAUCAACGUGCUCAAGGGUAGUGGUAGUCAGUCACCCAACCGACAGCAGAAAUUGACAAGUCAAACAAAAACUGGCUAUUCUGGACACCAGAAACAGAAUGGUGGUUUCUAUACGCAGGAUGGGAUAAGCAAUGGGGUUGCACAGCUUUCAGAUAUGCAGGGGAAUGAAAGGGAGCUUGCAGAUUUACUAGAAGAGAAAAAUAGGUCCCAGACAGCAGUGCUAGCUGAGAUGAAACAAUUGCGGAUGGAACUUGAAAAAGAACGCAAUCAGUCAGGAAAUGUACAUCGAAAAUUACAAGAGCAACAGAAAUUGAAUGAAGCUAUCCAGGAAGAGCUUAAAUUUCUGAAGUUGGAUAAAGAGAAAACCUCCAUCGAGAUAAGCAAAAUAAGCAAUGUGUUGAAGGAGAAAAUGUCUGAGAUAAAUCGAUUGCAAAUGGAGUUGAAUAGACGGGAGGAUGAAAAUGCAGAUGAUGUUGUGGGUAGUUUGAAAAGAUUAAUCACAACCCUGGAGAAGGAAAAUAGUAGUCUUAAGAUAGAGAAGAAUGAACUUGAAGUUGCUUUGAAAGCGAGCAGGACUGCAACUGAAAGAAAUUCCUCAUAUGCUUCCGAAUCUUUGAAUAAGCACCCAACUCGUUUAAAUGAGCCGGUAGAUUCUUCAGAAAGUUUUCCUGGAAAGGAAGAAAUGGAGAAAUCGUUACAAAAGUUUGAUAAAGAUUUGAAGGAAAUGCGGCUUGAAAGGGACAAAGCCUUGCAAGAGUUGUCACGACUUAAACAGCAUUUGUUAGAAAAGGAAUCUGAAGAGUCUGAAAAAAUGGAUGAAGACAGCAAAGUCAUUGAGGAACUUCGGGAAAGUAACGAGUAUCGAAGAGCUCAAAUAUUACAUUUGGAGAAAGCUCUAAAGCAGGCGAUUGCAAAACAGGAUGAAGUGAAGAUGAUCAACAAUAACGAAUUUCAGAAAUCAAAGGAACUUAUUGAUGAUCUGAAUAAAAGACUUGAAAGCUGUAUGAACACAAUAGAUGCCAAAAAUGUUGAACUUUUGAAUCUUCAAACUGCUCUUGGUCAAUACUAUGCUGAAAUUGAAGCUAAGGAACAUUUGGAAGGAGAUUUGGCACGGGCAAGGGAAGAGUCGGCUAAACUUUCUCAGCUCUUGAAAGAUGCCGAUCAUCAGGCAGAAGCAUCAAAGAGGGAAAAGGAAGAAAUCUUGUCCAAGCUUUCUCAAGCUGAGAAGAUAGUAGUAGACUGGAAAAACCGAGUAAACAAACUGGAGGAAGACAAUGCAAAGUUACGGCGAGCUGUUGAACAGAGCAUGACCAGGCUUAAUAGGAUGUCAAUAGAUUCAGAUUAUCUUGUUGACAGACGCAUUGUGAUCAAGUUACUGGUGACCUACUUUCAGAGAAAUUACAGUAAAGAGGUACUGGAUCUUAUGGCUCGCAUGCUGGGAUUCUCUGAUGAAGACAAGCAGAGAAUAGGCGUCUCUCAAGGUGCAGGUAAAGGUGUUGUUCGUGGAGUUUUUGGUCUGCCUGGCCGCCUCGUUGGUGGCAUUUUGAGCAGCGGUUCAGCUGGAGCAUCUGCAAAUGCGGCAUCUGAGAACCAUUCCUUUGCAGAUCUGUGGGUUGAUUUUCUGCUCAAAGAAACUGAAGAAAGGGAGAGAAGGGAGUCUGCAGACAAUUCCGGCAGAUCUCAAGAAGAUUCACACAAGACUCCAACCUCUGCGCAACCCGUUCCGAUGGAACCUGACCAUAGGACUUCCACCGGUGGUACUGAGUCUGGUUUCUCAAGACUCAACUUAUCGCCAAUCCAAAAUACAAGCCCCUUACCUUUCCGCAGUAACUUUCGGUCGGAGCAUUCUGAUUCGGAAUUCUCAACAGUCCCUCUCACAUCGGCGGAAAGCAAUCCUUAUGCCUCAAGACUCCUUCCAAGAUACUGA